UUAAAACUUUUACGUGGCCCAAUCGAGACGAUAACCGACAGGAGCAAAAAAAAAGGUUCAAUUAAAAUAAAUUGUGUUAUAUACAUGAUAAAACAAUAUUUUCAAUUACAUAUUUACAUAUUAACGUUUACAAACCAAGUGUUAUUAUUAAUUUAAAAAAGAAUUCCUAUUUACUAAAUAGUUAGAUUUUAUCAUCACUUUUUUUUUUUUAAUCUCAGGACAAGAAUAAUAUAUUAGUUAAAAUACUUUGACUAAUUCUUGUGUGCAUCAAAUUACCAAAACUUAGAAAAAGAAGAUUUGAAAAAUAUAUUCAAUUAAAAUGCAUACAAUCGGCGUCAUCAGCGAAACAAGUCUCUCCAAAAUGACGAUGAUACUCAUUCCCUUAUCGAAGUGUACUAAUGACCUUCAGGCUUCGCUAUGCCGAGGAAUUAAAUGUGCAAAUACAGAAAUGGUCAAAGAUUCUUUGGAGAAGGGUGCUGAGGUCAGUACCACCGCAAUUUACGAUCACUGGAACUACCAUGGUGGAUUAAGUGCCUUGGACGUUGCCGUAGAUAUGGGACUAGAGAAGAUGGUCCAGGUUCUACUGGAUCAUAAAAGCUGCAACGUUAAUUUCAAAGCACAGUCUGGCUUGACAUCUCUCCAUAUUGCGGCGUUUAAGAAUAAUCUGACAAUGGCAAAGAAAUUAAUAAGCAAAGGUGCAAUGAUCGAUGUGUACUCUCCAUUUCAAUCUAUUUUUAACUCGAAACUUUACAGUCGUGUGACCGUUAAAAUAUACCAAGACACGAAAGAUCUGUAUGGUGUGACUGCUUUGCAAGUUGCUGUGACUGCUAAUAGUUUGGAUAUGGUUAAAUUAUUAGUAGACUAUGGUGCAAAUAUCAACAGUCAUUGCAGAAACCGGAAGGGUGAUGGAUACACGUCGUUGCAUUUUGCUGUGAUGCGUAGCAAUAUUGUAAUGAUAGAUUUGCUACUGAGCAUGGGUGCUAGAGUUAAUGUCAAGAUGAAUACUGAAACAACAAUUUUAUAUCUUGCUGUUUAUACCAGAAACAAAGACAUCGUUAAACGUUUAUUAGAUGCAGGUGCUCAUGUUGACAGCAGAAGUAAUGUGGAUGGUUUUCAUGGUAUAACACCACUUCUUGAAGCCGUGAGACUCAAUUUAAAAGAGAUUGCGUUGAUGUUAGUUGCCAAUGGUGCUGAUGUCAAUGCCACGGCUAAACGUAAGUCAACUUCAACAUACGUAAAUGUUAUUGACAUGACUCUUGAGAAUUUCGAUCCCGAUAUGCUUGAGCUGGUGUUGAAUAUGGGUGCAGAUAUUGAUAAUUCUGAAUUCCACAGCUAUUCCAUUCGUAGCAACAAAAUGCUUCUAAAGUAUGCAAUUCAAUUCAGGGAUAACGGACUCUUUGUAAACGAAAAACUUACCAAGUGGGCUGAUUCUAAAAAAAAAAUAAAAUACGACGAUUUUGGGAAUGAAUGCAGAGCUCAAGUGGAGAGAAAGGAUGAAGAAAAAAUUGAGGAUUGCUAUGUUCGUUAUUGCGAUUUACUAUUCAAAAAUGCUGAUCAGGUGGUGAUAUAUGCAGAUAAUGAGAGUAUUAGGAAAGCUUUAGAGCUAAGAAACGAUGAGAAUAAGUUGCCGUUAUAUACGCAGAUCCUGAUAAGAAAGUUUAAGAAGGAAUACAAGCGUUACCGGUUGCUGAAAGAAGCUGCGGCACACCUAAAAGAUAUUACUUAUUUGCCUUAUUUAUGCGUGAGACGAAUCCUUAUGUAUUUCAGUAACUAUGAUUUAUUGGUGCUUUUAGGAAGAUUUGUUGUUAGACCUCCAUAUCCUGUUUCUAUGAACAAAAAAUAUAUGGGCAACGGUUGGCCCUCCGAUCAAAGAUCCCCAAGAAAUAUAUUUUCGCGCUAUUUGAGUUUUUUUACCUCUCGUAGUUUAGCAAGACGCAGAAAGUUUGCUGAUUACAAUUAUAACUAAAUUCUAGAGGAAGACUAGCGCCAGCAGCAUGCUGAAAAUAGUUGUGCAUGACUUGCUUAAGACUCAAAGUCAACUUUUUGAUAUGGCUGUCUCAAUCACUAUAUAUAGUGAUACAAAUAACGUAUUGUUUUUUAUUAGGCUGUUGACCCAUUUGAGUGGAUUCUAUGGGGACUUUUGGAUAGGGAGGUGAUAAACAAAUGUGAUAAAGGUGUAGGUGGAGUGAAUGUAAUAACUAAAAACCUAUUUGUAAAAAAGAGUAAUAAAUAGUAUGCUAAGAAGAUUAAUAAUGCAGAAAAACUUUUAAGAAAAAAUGUAGAUAGUUAUCAAUGUAAAGUUAUAUUAAU